AUGUCAAAAAAAUAAUUCCAAUUUAUUCCAAUAGAUCAAUAAUAAGAAAUUAGCAAAUUAAUUAAGACGAAUGGCCAAUUUGCAACAUAUCCAAUCAUAAAAAUAACGGCAGAAUAUCUUAAGCAAUCUAUUACUCUUUACCGUGACUGUGUAGACUUAGAAAAACCUAGUGAAGUUUUUAAGCAUGAAGGUAAGAAGUUUUAUAAUUCAACUUCUUAGCAAAUUAGAUUGCUUUUUACAGGUAAAAUAGAUGGAGGGCAUUUUGAUGCUGUAAUUGUGAAUUAAUAACAUAGAAAGCUACCAAAAAAGUAAUUUUAAUAGAAUAAGUCAUAUUAUAUCCCAGCUGAUGUUAAAAAUAGAAAAAUCUAGCAUAGCAGUAUAAUAAAAGAAUCUUAUAGAAUUAGUUGUAGGUACCAUAAGAAAGGAAUUUGCAAAUAUAAGGAAAGCUGCAGAUACUCCCAUAGAGAUUAUCCCUAGCUAUUCAAUUAUCAGAAUAUAGAUAAAAAGAAUAAUUUCGAUGGCUAGUAGUAAUCUGAAUUCCUUAUUAUUCAGAAAGUCGUUUUCGAUUCGAAUAAUAUUUAACUGGCAAAUGAAUUUUUUAAUCGAAUAUUAUUUUAGGAUAUAACUUAGGAAUUUGAAAUUUUUAUCCGCCAAGAUUAAGAAUUUAAAAAUUAGAAAUAAGAAGAAUUCGUAACUCUUUUUAAGUAAUUUCAUGGAUAAAAAGAUGAGAAACAAAAAGCAGUUAUUGAGACAUAAGAAAAGGUAAAAACUAAUAUUAGCACAAUAAAUGCAGUAAACGAUAAGAUUGAUAAUUCUUAAAGCUAGUAAUAGAUGAAGAAUUAAAAAAUAGCAAAUGAUGAAGGCUUGUUUUAGGAGUAGAAAAAUUAGAAAGAAACAGAAAUUUAGAAUGGUAAUUUAGAUAAUAUUACUUCUAAUACUAAAUCUACUCCAAAAUAAAAAUUACAACGCAAGUUAUCAUUCAAAACUCAAGAAAGUCAAGGUUCGAGCCAACUCAAAAAUUAGAUGGCUAAUUUCGAAAAAGAUCAAGAGCACGUUAUAUUCAAAUGCGGUUGCUAGCCAACUACUCAUAAAGGUUAUUCCAACUUUGAAUCCUAUAGAUCCCAUUUUUAUUUGAAGCAUGAAAAAGAUAUCUAUCCUGGGUCUUCUCAUGAUAAAUGGGGUAAUUCUAUAAAAUAAUAAGCUUAUAAUUAGUUACUAAAGUAGGAUCAAGAGGAAGAAGUAUCAGGUAUUAAAUCAAUCAGAUAAAGAAAUGGUAAGAUUAUGAGUGAUAGAAAAAGAAAAUAAUCUCUUUCUUUAAGCAGAUUUUCUUUUCACAACAAGUAAGAAAAACCUACUGAUCAGUCAUUUCUAAAACCUGGAGUUAACGCUGAACAAAUAAAUUGA